CAUCUCCAACCGCCGAUGUCGUCGUCGUCGUCGCCGGCGACGCAGCGCCGCCGCCUCCACCCGGCCGCCUACCUCUCCGCGGUGGCCGCCCUCCUGGCGCUCGUCGCCGCGGCCUUCUCCCGCGCCCUCGGCCCCCGCUUCCCCAGCCCGCCCGCCGCCCGCCGCUGCCGCCCCGACCCCGAGGGCUCCUGGUCCGCCGGCGUCUUCCUCGGCGACUCCCCGUUCGCCCUCAAGUCCAUCGAACACUGGGGAGCCUCGGCGGACGCGGGCGCGGGCGCGGCGUGGCCGGUCGCGAACCCGGCGGUGACCUGCGCGGACGUGGCGGAGGCCGGGCACCCCAGCAGCUUCGUCGCCAGCCCCUUCCUCUUCCUCCAGGGCGAUGGCAUCUACAUGUUCUUCGAGACGAAGAACCCCGUCACGUCGCAAGGCGACAUCGCCGCCGCCGUGAGCAGGGACGCCGGCGCGACGUGGCAGCAGCUGGGCGUGGUGCUGGAUGAGGAGUGGCAUCUCUCGUACCCAUAUGUGUUCAGCUACAAUGGCAAGGUCUACAUGAUGCCUGAGAGCAGCAAGAACGGAGAUCUCCGGCUGUAUCGUGCCUUGGAUUUCCCCCUUAAGUGGGCACUGGAGAAGGUCCUUGUGGAGAAGCCACUUGUGGAUUCAGUCAUCAUAAAAUUCAGGGGUUCCUACUGGCUCAUUGGGUCAGAUUUGAGUUCUUACGGCGUGAAACGGAACGGGGAGCUCAGUAUCUGGUAUAGCAGCUCUCCUCUUGCUCCUUGGAAUCCACACAGACGUAAUACCAUCCGUAGCAUGGAUAACGGGCCGAGUUUUAGAAAUGGAGGCAGGCCCUUCGUUUAUGACGGCGAUCUCUAUCGUAUAGGUAAACAGAGUGGUGGUGUGUCUGGCCAUGGUAUUAAAGUGUUCAGAGUUGAAAUCCUAACAGCAAAUGAAUACAAGGAAACUGAGGUCCCAUUUGUCUUUGACAAGCCCCGCAAGGGUCGAAAUGCAUGGAAUGGCGCACGGUCCCAUCACCUUGAUGUUCAGUGGCUUCCUUCAAGCCAACUCUGGAUUGGGGUAAUGGAUGGUGACAGAGUGCCCUCAGGUGAUUCGGUUGACCGUCUGACCAUAGGCUACAUGUUUUAUGGAGUCACUCUGUUACUAGUUCUUCUGCUUGGUGGGCUUAUUGGUGCAAUUAGAUGCACCAUACCACUCAGAUGGUGUGUUCCGCAUACUGAGAAACGGGAUGAUUUAUUACAUGGAAGGCAGCAGCUCUUUCUGAAGUAUAAGCUAAGCUCGCUGUUUUCCGGUUUGAACAAGUUGGGUUCUCUUCUUGGUGGGAGAAUCAACUACAGAACUUGGAAGGGACGAGUUUAUGCUUUGCUAGUAACACUGAUUUUAACUUUUCUAACUUGUCUUGGAACUCACUGCAUAUUUGGUGGCAAUGGUGCUGAGGAGCCAUAUCCAAUCAAGGGUAGGUACUCGCAGUUCACGCUGUUAACUAUGACAUAUGAUGCUCGUCUUUGGAAUCUGAAGAUGUUUGUGGAGCAUUACUCCAAAUGUGCAUCAGUGAGGGAGAUUGUAGUUGUCUGGAAUAAAGGCCGCCCCCCAGUGCAAAAUGAACUGAAGUCAGCCGUUCCUGUCAGGGUCAGAGUUGAAGAUAAGAACACUCUGAACAAUAGAUUCAACAUAGAUGAAAAAAUUAAGACAAGAGCUGUUAUGGAGCUCGAUGAUGAUAUCAUGAUGCCAUGUGACGACUUAGAGCGUGGGUUCAAGGUCUGGAGGGAGCACCCCGAUCGUAUUGUUGGGUACUACCCACGCCUCGCUGAAGGUACUCCACCGGAAUACCGCAGUGAGAGGUAUGCUCGGCAACAAGGAGGUUAUAACAUGAUACUGACUGGAGCAGCAUUCAUGGAUCAUGGCUUGGCCUUUGAGAGGUAUUGGAGCAAGAAGGCCGAGGUAGGAAGGAAGAUGGUGGACAGUUUCUUCAAUUGUGAGGAUGUCCUUCUAAAUUUCCUGUUUGCAAAUGCAAGCUCAACGAGCACGGUGGAGUAUGUAAAGCCAGCUUGGGCAAUUGAUAUGUCUAAGUUUUCAGGAGUAGCCAUUAGUCGAAACACACAAGCACAUUAUCAUGUGAGGAGCAAAUGCCUUGCUAAGUUUUCGGAACUCUAUGGGAACUUAACUGCUAAAAGGUUAUUUAGCAGUCGAGGUGAUGGCUGGGAUGUAUAGUAGUAACACAGAUAACUGGAUACCUUUUUCUUGAGACUUGCAUAGUCUGAUUAGCUAAGUUUCCAAGUUGGUAAAAGCAGAGGGCUUAGUAGUUCAGGAUGAUUAGUGCAACACUGAAGUGGCCGUUUGUAUACAGUUAAGUAUAUUAUCCCCUUUCUAUACUUUUCCGUAGAUAACAUAUUUUAUUGCAUCUAUGGACGCACCUGUAUAGAUUACUCGAUGCACUUUUUACCUUUUCAGUUGGUAAUCAGAGUUGUAUCGGGUUUGCAGAUUGUAAUUUGUCAUUGUCAGUGUGCAUGCAACUGCUACCAUGGUCCAGAAUGAGUAGUUUGUUUUUUCAUUUCAGAUUAACAGAGGUUAUUGGAAA